ACAAGCUCUGGUGAAGGACAACUGUCAUGCAUUAACGGUUUUAAGGCCCUAAGUAUGAUAUGGGUGGUGUUUGGGCACUCACAUUCAAUGUUUCAGUCCUAUAUAUUAGAAAACAUUAUUGAUGUAGCCGACUUUAUAACUGACGCCAAGAACAUGUACAUGCUUGCAGCCCCCCUGUCUGUUGAUACAUUUUUUGCCAUCGGUGGUAUUUUAACCAUUUACACCUUCUUCAAGGCCCAUGAAAAAGGAGUCAAAUUCAAUGUGAUUUUAUUUUAUAUUCACAGAUACUUAAGGUUGACUCCAGCUUUGAUGGCAAUGAUCCUUUAUCAGGCCACCUUAGUGAGGUACGCCGUUAAUCGACCUGGCUCAGCCAUUGAGAAUUUGUCUGACCCCUGCAGACAAUAUUGGUGGUCAACCAUCCUCUACAUACAAAACUACGUUGAACCCACCAAAUCGGUAUAAAAUGACUUAAAGGGUUAAAUAUUAUCUUAGUAUAUUUGUUGUAUUGUAGUGUGUGGGACAGUCAUGGUAUUUGAUG